AUGACUACAAGCAUUUCAGACGACGCCGUUUUGGAAUUCAUCUUCAACCCUGAGGCACAAGGUCAACCCUUUUCAUCACUCCAACAAGCCGUUGAGAACAAGCCUGAGAAGGAAUUUGCACCUGAAUUGUUAAAAGAGCUCCAGGAUUUGGAAAAGCAAGCUGUCAACCAUGCCAACGAAGGCCGGUUACAAGAUGCUUUGGAUGUGCUCAAUCAAUGUAUCACACGUGAACCAGACUAUGCAUCAGCAUACAAUAACCGAGCACAAGUACAUCGAUUGAUGAAGAAUAAUGAAGCUGCUAUGAAUGAUUUAGAUAAAGUCAUUUCGACUCUGGGUAAAGGACAACCUUCUAUUCUGCGCCAGGCAUAUACACAACGUGCUAUUCUUAAGCGUAGUCAGGGUGACUCUGAAGGAUCACGUAUCGAUUUUGAACAAGGAGCUCGAUUUGGAAAUCCCAUUGCACGUACCAUUGCUGUCCAAGAGAACCCAUAUGCCAAAAUGUGUAACCAGAUGGUGAUGGAGAUGAUGAGCCGAGAAAUGAAUCCAGGUUGCCAUAACAACAAUGAAUAA